ACUUGUUGUCGUCCGCGGGUGCGAAACAUAAAUGUAUGAAAUGAUUAUUAAUCUUAAAAAGUAUCUACUUCUUUAAUACUCUGAAUAGUAUGUUUAAUUUAUUAUCGCUUGAAAUAAUAUUUUUUCAAAUAGCAUAAAGAUGGCUGAUAGAGAUCUUACUAUGGGACCUCGUGAAGGUAUUACGUAUCCAGUAAAAGUGCAGUAUUGCGGCAAUUGUUCGAUGCCGAUAGAAUAUUGCGAAUAUUAUCCUGAAUAUGAAAAAUGCAAGCAAUGGCUGGAAAAAAAUUUGCCUACGGAAUUUGAAAAAGUAAAAAUUGACGAAGAAGAAAAUGCGGGUGGGGAAGAAGAAAAGAAACGUCAAAAGCGAGGUGGAAAAGGCAUGUUGAAAUCAAAAAAGAAAGAAGAUGUCCCCAAGUUAGUUCAAGUUUCCCGUGCUCCUCGUGGAAAGAAGAAAUCGGUAACUGUUGUGUCAGGACUGAGCACCUUUGAUAUUGAUUUGAAAGUGGCAGCAAAGUUUUUUGGAACGAAAUUUGCAUGUGGUUCUUCUGUCACUGGUGAUGAUGAGAUUGUUAUCCAAGGAGAUGUAAAAGAUGAUCUCUUUGACAUCAUUCCAGAAAAAUGGCCAGAGAUUGAUGAAGACAGUAUUGAAGAUUUGGGAGAUCAGAAGAGAUAGUUACAAUUUGGUUAACUAUUGUAUGUUACAUUUUCUUUAAGUAUGUAUAAUUUAAAUUAUACCAGUGAAAUAUCUUAAAAUAUCUUCAGACCAAAUUUUUUCUUAUAUAAUA